AUCGUUUCAGUCGCACAUUAGCCUAGAUCGGUCAAUCUGAAAGCAACAAAAUGGCUCACCAAAAUGACGGUGUCGAUAUUCUCCCUAGAUCCGAUAAUGGGAGCAUUAAUGUCGAUAAAAAAGAUACCGAAUUAGCUCAUAACCUGAACGAAGUUGUGUACAAACCGGCGAACACGCAACUCAACGAUCCCCUGGGAUGGGGUCAGAAGUUUCAAUGUUUUGAACCAGACGUACCUGAAAAGACCACCGAUACCCUUUCUAUGUACCUAGCGGCUUUCACUGCCGAUUUGGUAGCGUUUUGCGCCGGUAUAGGCUUCUCGUGGACGUCUCCGGUGUUGCCAAAGCUCCACGAAGCGGACAGUCCCUUGGGCGCUCCAAUCAAUGCGUCCCAGGAAAGCAUUAUAGCCGCCAUUUUAUGCUUGGGCGCCGCGAUAGGACCGUUCCCUUACGGCAGCAUGUCGGACAGAAAGGGUAGAAAGCUGACGGUUAUCAUGGUGGCGAUUCCUAUAGCGAUAGCUUUCGCGAUAUUAGCAUUUGCGACUGACAUAAGGCUGUAUUAUUUGGCAAGGUUAAUUAACGGCUUUGCCAUAGGAGGCUGCUUCGCGGUGCUCACCAUGUACAUCGCGGAGAUUUCCAACGACAGCAACCGCGGCAAAUUCAGCUGCCUUCUGGGCCUGUUCAUAGCCAGUGGCGUCCUCUAUCCGUUCAUCGUCGGCCCUUACAUGAGCAUAAAAACGCUGUGCCUCUCGUGUCUCGCGCCCCUGGCUCUAUUCCUGGUGCUUUUCACAUUUUACAAUCCCGAAUCUCCGGUCUACCUGACCAAAAUAGGAGACAGAAACGCGGCCGAGGAAGCCCUGAUGAAACUGCGCAGCAGGCCGCGAGAGGGCGUGGAAAAAGAAUACCUGCAGAUCCAGAAAACCAUCGAGAUCUCGGGCAACGAGCAAGGGGGCUGCGGGUUACUGUUUAAAACCAGGGGAUUCAGGAAGGGUUUCGUCGUUUCCGCUGGACUUUUGGUGAUACAGCAGCUGUCGGGCAUCAACGCGGUAACAGGUUACCUCCAGAAUAUUUUCAGUGCAGCUGGAGGUGCGAUACCUCCCGAAUAUGGUGCGGUUCUAGUCGGGCUGAUUCAAGUGGCCACCAUGGGUAUCACCUCGUCCGUUAUCGAAAGGUUAGGUAGGAAACUCCUCCUUCUAAUGUCCGAUCUUGGCUGUGGAGUGUCCAUCAUACUUCUGGGGCUUUACUUUUUCCUUCAGCGGAUGCAGUUCUCACUGCUACCCUACUUUUGGUGGCUGCCUAUCGUGUGCCUCGUAGUUUACAUCAUAAGCUUCAAUUUGGGACUGGGUCCGGUUUCCUGGACGGUUUUGAGCGAAGUGUUUCCGUCUAAUAUAAAAUCGUUUGCAUCCGCGUUAGCGUCAGCUAUCACCUUCGGAACUUCCUUCGUCAUCACCAUCGGCUUUCCGAUCAUAAGCGAAGCCAUCGGUAUGGCCGAAACGUUCUGGUUGUUAGGGGCGUGUUGUCUGGCGGGAUUCGCCUUUACGUACCUCGUGGUGCCGGAAACGAAAGGCAGAACUUUGACCGAAAUUCAAGAAAUACUGAGUAAAUAGUCGCGCAUUGGUUUGUACUCAGAAAAUAGCGUUCUGUAACUAGUUAAGAUUUACAAAUUAAAAUUCAAAUGUUCAAACCUCUCUCAUUUUCAGCUGCACAUUUGCAGUUAUUUAUUGCGAUGCCUUUGGAGUUAAUUCUUGAAAUCGAAGGCAUAGUUUUAGCAGGAAAAUAAAAUGAAAACAUAUCGGACACUUCUCUGCAUAAUACCACUUAAUUAUGGUUACAUUUUCUUCAAUUGAAUAACGCAUAUUUAGCUUUAAUUAAAUCGCGUUUAGUAACGUAUAACAAUUGUAAAUAAAUAUAUUGUAGUUGCAAUGGUAAUCGGCCAUUUUGGGUUUUCAUAAGAGCUACGUUUGACUGUUUCAGUACUAAUUUCCAUUAGACAUACCUCGUGUCAACAUUAACCUUGGUGAAUACAUUUUAGUAUUUGUAACGACUAAAACGUUGGAAUCCGUUAGUUGUACAUAUUUUAUUUAUUACAGUUCGAAUUAAACAGUAUUCCUGAUUGUCAACUUUAUUUCAAGAGUGUAGGGGAAAAAUAACAAUACAAUAUAGGGAAAAAAUGUCCAAAACAAUGAAAAAGUAAUAAUUAUCCAAAUAAAAUGUAUAUAAAAUAUUAAAUAGUCCACAUUAUUUCCUAAGUAACCCCAAUGUUAACUGCCGUGCGCAUUGGUCUUCGUGUUCCAACCUUCACUUGGAUUAAUCGUAUAUUCUCGAGUAUUGUGGAGGUUUGGAUAGUUUGGACUAACAUGAACUUUUAAUUAAAUCCCCAGCUUGUCUCGAUU